UUGCUGUCAAAAACAAUGUGGACAUCUUCUACUUUGCCUGCCUUGUGCCCAUCCACGUUCUGUUCAUGGAGGACGGAAAUAUGGAGAAGAGGGUCUUCCUGGCCACCUGGAAGGACAUUCCAGCGGAGAGUGAAAAACAGUUUAACCAUCCAACCCUCACUCUCGAUGCUGGUAAGCUGUCUUUUUUACAUCUAG